GUUCUCUCUUCUGUUGCUUUCAACGUCUCUCCCCAAUUUUCCAUCGGCACAGAAAUCGAUCAAUCAGGAAAAUCGAUCAACGUUAACUUCAGAUGUCGUCGGCAAAUGAAGCAUGGCAUGCUGGUCUUCGCCACCAUCUGCAAAUCUUUGUGCAAAUUCUCAUGUGGAUCGUGUAUGUUUGGUGCACCAAAGUUUAGGGAGUCUCCUAUGGCUAAACGAAGAGGCAGGCCUCCUAAAAAACCCUUGAGUGACGAAGAUAAUGCCAAUCAAGAUGGAGUCGAACUACAGAAGGAUGAAGAUGCAUUUCAAGAUCAUCAAGGUAAAACAGGCAUUUGCGGUACUGAUAAACUGCAAAUCAGGAGUCUUUAUAAGGGAAUACUGGAAAUAAUUCAAGUUGUCAUUUUGAAUAAUAAAAGGUUUUGUGUUGGGGUUACACCCAAAACUGUUGGACUUCCAAAGUGUGGUGAGGUAAUUCUUUCUGUGCAUGGUUCGCCUCUUGGAGUUUAUAAGGAAUACAACAUGGAAACUAUACAAGAAGCAGAAGAUGGUUGAGUUGGUUGAGACAACAGACUCAUGGUUGUCGAGGAAGAUGUUGCCUUUUACUUUAUUUAUAGUUACCUGUUGUUUGGUGUCUGAUGAGUGAACUCAUGCAGAUACAUUCUAUGUAGAUGUAUGUAAAUGUAAUCAGCCCUACUUUUCUAUUAGGUUCCUCCAAUGAACCCUACCAUAUUACAAGUCAAAUUAUGCAAAAUACAUUUCAAAUCAAUAAUGCUAUUAGGAAAGUUGAUCAGCAUUAUUCACUUCUAACCAAUAAUGCUUUUAGGAAAGUUGAUAACAGUUACAAUGAUUACUUGGCUGUGUCAUGGACUAAAGCGCAUUAUUAGAAAAGUUGAUAGCAUUGUUAAAAUUAUGACUUGAUCGUGUCAUUGGCUAAAGCGUCAUUUUGAAUGGGACUAGUUGAGAAAAUCAUUAUUAUGCUCUCCUCUCAUCCUGAUGUGCCAUUAUUC